CUACCAAAGCGGUUAGACAGGUUAGGGCACACGUGACCUCAUGACGUAUCAGGUCUCCAACAUCGCCCUCCAUGUUGUUACCCAGUGGGUACAUACAGGCCACAGCAUGCACCUGCCCUCGACUUCUUACAGGCCAGCGAGGAGAAAAACAAGAUGGCAGGCAACUGCCGCCAUUUUCCUGUUGUUAUGGGGAACUCUCGGAGCGAUUGUGAGCCUACAGAAGUUAUUUUCCGAAGAAGACGUCUCCAGAACGACGUACGCGGUGGCAGCUGUCCCCAGCCACGGCGCGCCCGCCACCAACUGUUCCCCGCCGGCCAUCCACCACUUCCCCGCUGACCUGUUCACGCAGGCGCAGCGGCGUCAGGGAGCCGUCAUUCUACACGUCAUCGCCUCGCUAUACAUGUUCAUGGCGCUAGCCAUUGUUUGCGACGACUACUUCGUACCUUCGUUGGAGAGGAUCAGUGAAGGUCUGCGUCUCCAGCCGGAUGUGGCCGGUGCCACGUUCAUGGCGGCCGGAAGUUCUGCCCCCGAGCUCUUCACGUCCAUCUUCGGCGUCUUCAUCAGUCAAGACGACAUCGGAGUGGGAACCAUCGUGGGGUCGGCCGUCUUCAACCUGCUCUUCAUCGUGGGGCUGUGCGGGCUCAUGGUCGGAACGGCCAUCACCCUGACGCUGUGGCCCCUGCUGCGGGACUGCAGUGUCUACCUCAUCAGCGUGGCGGCGCUCAUCGUCAGUUUGUACGACGGGAAGAUCCACUGGUACGAAGCCGUUGUUAUGGUGGUCCUGUACUGUCUGUACGUGGUGCUGAUGUACUUCAACCCCCGCCUGAGCGCUCUGUUCAACUGCUGCUACCCAGGACGGGCUGGCAAGGACAACAAGGAACAGAAGGAGGACACCCUCCUCAUCAAACCAGUUUCAGAAAAAGGCACCGUAGAAAAGAUAUCCCAAGAGACACCGCUUAAUGUCGCGGUCACAGCCGACGAAACAGUCCGAGAAGAGCCCGAGUCUCCGUUCUCCGUCCCGUCCCAGCCCUGGAGGAGAGUAUUAUGGGUAGUGGGGCUGCCUCUGACCGCGCUGCUAUGGGGGACCGUGCCUGACUGCCGCCGGGACAGGUGGAGAAGAUGGUAUCCUGUCAGCUUCCUCAUGUCAGUCGUCUGGAUAGGAGUCUUCACAUACAUACUCGUCUGGACGGUCACCGUCAUAGGUUUCACGAUGGGUAUCCCGGACACAGUCAUGGGCCUGACGUUAGUUGCCGUCGGAACCAGCGUGCCUGAUGCCAUCUCUAGCGUCCUGGUGUCGAAGGAAGGAGAGGGAGACAUGGCGGUGUCGAACGCAGUCGGCAGUAACGUGUUUGACAUCCUGGUCGGCCUGGGCGUCCCUUGGUUCUUCAAGACGGUAGUGGUCGAUACAAACAGCGUGGUGUACAUCCAAAGCGGCGGUCUGGUGUACUCUGCUGUCACCCUGCUGUCCACGGUGCUGGUCCUGCUGUUCAUCAUGUGGCUGAACCGCUGGCGGCUGGACAGGGAGCUGGGGGUCAUCUGCAGCUGUCUGUACGCUGUCUUCCUCACUCUGGGAAUCCUGUACGAACUCGGUGUGUUCGGAAUUUCGACCUGCCUGCUAGCCUAAGCUGGAAAAUGAACGCUGUUGCGAAUUACUACUUCCAUCGGGGGAUGCCGGUUCUGAGUCAAACUUCCGUCAGAUAUUUUACAUCAGUUGGGUCUCUGCUGAUGAGACAAUUUGCAAACUUCCAACCACCCAAAGAAGGUCUAUGAAUCUCGUGUUGAAUGUCAGCAUGAAAA